UUUUGCUAUGAUUUUCAUGUGAUGUGUAGUAAAAGGACAAGUUUGUCUGGUUACAAAAAACAUUUAAGAUUGAUUUCAUUUAUAGGUAUAUGUCGACAGUAAGUAGAUUUUGGAAUCAAUUCCGACAGCAUGACAAAUUCAUAAGACAGCACCAUUGUUUUUUAGUGAAAGAGUUUAUUAUAACACAGAUAAAACAAGUGGGGCGUAUGCAGUAAUGCUCUCAAGAAACUUAAAUCUGGAAUUAUUUUUUCUCUGAUUAGAUUGAAAGAAAAUGUGGAGACAGGAGAAAAUAUUAUUGUGAAUUCUGCUAAUAAAUUUCCUGUCAAUUGGUAUUAACUUGUCAAUUAUUACACCUCAUAGGUUAAAACUUGCUUUAGUGGAUGUUUUUGACUGCCAAGAAUAAAAACACAAUUUGUUUUCUUGAAACAAGCCAUUUUCCUUUGUGGGCUCAUGCAUGCAUCAUAGUAACAUGCUAGUGCUAAGUAAAUUGACCUUAUUUUAUCUAGCAGUUCUUGAAAAGAUGAAUGAUGGUGUGUGUGUGUGUGUGUGUGUGUGUAAAGUAAGGCAGCCAAUGAUGUUUGGAAAUGCAGAGAUAGUAGCUGGAGAAUAGUGAUGAAUGAUGAUAGAUAUAAUAGUAGGCUGAGAUGAAUUGACCAAAGAUACGUGAAGGGAAAAGAUGUGUGAAUGUGAUCAUAAUGCUACUGUAGAAGAAAGUGAGAUGCUGUAGCUGCUUUAUGUUCUUGUCCAAAAAUGGCUAUCAUAAUGGGAUUCUGUGGUGCUCACACCCCUUGCUACUUAAUUCAAAUCCAAAAGAGUAUUUCCAGUUAAAUAACAGCAACACAGCCAAUCUAGUCAGUCUCCCUUAUAUAUACACUUAUCAUGGUUUGCCAACUUUCCACAAACUCAUCCUUUUCUAUUAGCCCUUUUUCACUUGAAAAAAAAAAUCUUUGAAAACCCUUCUCCCCCAUCUUUCUUGUAUGAACACUAAGCUCGAGCCCGCCCCGGUACCUAAAAUGUCGAUGCCCGUAACCAUGCUGGCUCUGCCUCCCAAACACGCUUCCGAAAUCACCAAAAACAACACUAGCAGUGCAGCCUCAUUCACUCAAGGCCUCACCGCCACUCAUGAUCGGAUCUUCCUUGGCAAGAAGACAUCGCCAGACAAAGAAAUAGACGUCUUCGAUGCUCGGAAAUACUUCGACGAGGGUCUGCACGACACUCCCAAAAUCUCCGCCAAGAAUCUUCCAGAUCACCUCCAUCAGCAACAGCUCAACAAGGAUGUUGUCCAAACUGCAGUCAAGGAGCAUCCGCUCAGCAUACGCUCUCAGUCGAGCUGGAACAGCUGGAGCUCCCUGCUCCGCACUGCCCCGGGAAGCCAGCAGCAGCUGAGCAAGGCAAGCAAGAAGAGCUUCCUUUCCAGCAUUGGCUGCAACUGCUCCUGCUUGACCACCAGCAUCAUCAGUGGCAGAUCAAAACCAGGAAACAAAACCAAUAAUGAUCUCUUCACCAAGAGAGAGAAACAGGAGAUCGUGAAGAGAUCUCAGAAACAAGUGUUUGGCUCCCCAAUCCACAUAAAAGGGAACAACUGCUUCACCUUGGACACCAUGGUUACAUGGGAUGCAAUCACUCCAUUCUCAGCAGCUGAAGAGCUCAAAAUCCCUUCAAUAUCAAGUGAAAUGCACAACGACAGUGACAGCGACGCAAGCUCUGAUCUGUUUGAAAUCGAGAGCUUGUGCAUAGACAACCCUUUUGAUCCCACAACAUGCUAUGCUCCGAGUGAGGCCAGCAUAGAGUGGAGUGUUGUCACUGCCAGCGCUGCAGAUUUCUCCCUCCUUUCGGAUUCUGACGACAUAUCCUCCACCAUCCAAAAGCCGUGUGCCAAGAAAACUGCUCCAUUCAAAGAAAUGCCAAAGAUUCGGCCGAGUAUUCUCUCAGGCUGCAAGAGCCAGAAAGCUGUUAAUGUUGCCGGAGAUGCACAGACGAAGAGGUGGCCCCUCACGCCGAUGACACGGUUCCACGACGAUAGCAAGCUCAGCUUUGAUGGAAAGAGCAGGCAGAACUCACUUGAUCACCGUGUCAUGUCUCAAUCAAGAUCUGCAACUUCUGCACAUAUCUUGUGUACUUAGUCAAGUUUUUUUCCUGUUAAUUUUUUUUACCAAGUUAGUUAUUUUUAGCAAGACCAUAUCACAUAUGUAUAAAUAGCUCAUUAGUAAAUAAAUAAUUACCCUUUAUGCAGCAUUAUUGUAGCGUUCAAUGUACAACUAAGACAUCACAAGCUAAAUAUUCUGCAAAAUUUGGUGGUAAGUCAUGCCAAGAGUGGGUUGUGUUUUUGCCUUUUGGUGCGACACGUUGCUCUAACGGAGGCCACGAGACAGGAGAGCAUGAGACGAGAUGGAUUGGUGGGGUGCAGUCGCACUCCAUAAGCGCCGUAUUAAUGGCA